AGGUGUGACACCCGCAGGUGCACCCAGAUCUCCCAGUGAGUUUGUUUGAAAUCAGCAGGAAAUUGCAGAGCACAGAAAUCUCAUGUCUUAAAAAAUAGUGCCAAGAAGUGCACACUGCCUGGCAAAGGAGGAAAGGGAACAAACUAGGAGCAAGAAACAAUCCCUGCCAUCAAAUCCAGCAACCCAUAACAAAGGCUUUGCACCACUCAACCACCCCCUGGGAGCUCUCCUCCUCCCCAGGCCAGCCCUGAAACGAGGGGCAGGCUGCUGCUGCUCCUCUUGGUUGGAUUUUUGCUGUUCUCGGCCCCUGGUGCCUCAGGGCAAUGGGAUCUCUCAGAGAGCACGACCUGCCUGCAGGACAGGCUGGAGCUGGAGCUUCCCAUGGAGCUGGGCAAUUACACGUGGCACGUUCUUGCAGUGGAUGUGAGUGGGGAGGAGAUGGAGUCCUGUGAGCUCACUGUGGAUUAUGAGAAGCUGCUGCUCAGUGCCUUGUUGGUGAACUGCACCAGCCUGGAGCAUGGGCAGCACCAGCUGAGGCUGCUCCUGCUGCUCAAUGGCACCGCGGGGGAGGAGAGGAACGUCACCUUCAGUGCCCGCUGCAGCGCUGCCCGCGGGGAUGAAAUCAUCGCUCCUGUCUUUGUUGGUGCAACAAACUGCACAAAGGAUUCCAUGGCAGUUACUUUCCCAGGACCAAGCCUUGGCAAUGAGCGCCCGGUUCAGGUGGCUGCGCUGCCCAGAACUCUGGUGAUUGAUGAUGGAACCAGGGUGCACCAGCUGAGCCCUGGGGAAGCCUCGCAGCACGGCUACAGCUUUCAGGCUGACGGACACAGCCUGGUUCUCCAGGCAGCCUUCACUGCCACUGGAGUUGUCUCCUACCAGCAUAACCACAAGGUGCUCUACACUGCGGCAGUGAAGCUCACGUAUGGCCCUCCUGAACACAGGCUGACCAUGGAGUCAAGAAUGCUUUGUGCCCCAGGUCCGGUGCUGUGUAACACAACACACAUGACUGUGGCCGUCCCAGCCUUCCCAGGGACCCUCGUAUCUGUGGCUGUGGAGGAUGAGACCAUCCCAAUGGACCGGCUCCAGGACAACGGCAUCACUCUCAGCACAGCACGAGGGGUGGAGCUGCACGUCAGCAGGGGGGUCCUGAAGUCUGCACUACAUGGGGAGAGCUGCCCAGGAGCUCGGUCCUACCUGCCCUCCUUGGAGCUGACUUUUCAUUUCCAUGGGGACACUGUGGCAAUGGUGAUGCAUCCAGCGUGUCCUUGUGACCAGCACACACCGAUAGCUGCUGUAUGCACCCAGGACGGGUACAUGGACUUUGAAGUCCUUGCUGGCAGUACUACACCACCACUAGCCCUGGACACGCUCAGGCUCAGAGAUCCCACAUGCAAACCUGCCUCCAGGUCCCCUUCGAAUGACAGGGCCUGGUUUCAUGUCCCACUGAGCGGGUGUGGGACCAGGUACUGGCUGGAAGGAGAGAAGAUCAUGUAUGAGAACGAGGUGAGGGCGCUGCAGUCUGACCGUGUGCUGCACAGGAUCUCGAGGGACAGUGAGUUCAGGUUAACAGUGCUGUGCUCCUUCAGCAAUGGCGAUGCCUCUGUCUCUGUAAGGGUUGACAGCCCUCCCCCCCUGGCUGCUUCCAUGAACCAAGGCCCCCUCUCUUUAAUCCUUCUAAGCUACCCAGAGGACUCGUACAGGCAGCCGUACCGUGAUGACCAGUACCCCAUAGUGAGGUUCCUACAGCAGCCCAUCUUCAUGGAAGUGCAGGUCCUGAACCGCAAUGACCCCAACCUCUACCUCCAACUGGACGACUGCUGGGCAACUGCAUCAGAAGAUCCGAGCUCGCUUCCACAGUGGAAUAUUGUUGUUGAUGGGUGUGAGUAUGACCAGGACAGCCACAGGACCGUGUUCCAUCCCAUAGGCCAUGGUGUCAGCUAUCCCAACUACCGCCGGCGGCUGGAAGUGAAGGCUUUUGCUUUCAUGUCUGGUGACAAGGCCCUCCCCAGCUUAGUGUAUUUCCACUGCAGUGUCCUCAUCUGCAACCGCUUCCAGCCAGACUCCCCCCUGUGCACAGCGAGGUGCCCCAGGCUGCCUAGAAGCAAGAGAGGCAGUGGGAUGCCGGGGGCCAGCUCUGUGGUGAGCCUGCAGGGUCCUGUGCUCCUGGUGCCCCACGGAUGGGCAGCAGCACAAGGGGAUGUUCUGCUGAGCGAGGCUGCGUGGGCUGCAGUUACUGUGGCUGCUGUUGGUGCUCUCUCUCUGGUGACCGCAAUGCUGCUAUUUAUGGCUCUUCUUAAAUGCCUGAAGAGAAGAGCCCUGAUGGUAAAUGUGGUACAUUAAUAUGUUUGUUAAUGAACUUAAUUAAAAAUGUGGCUUUUCAGUUAAGAGAUGUA